AAAUUGAGCUGCGGCACCGCUGGGAUAAAACCGCUCAGCCCGCCAGCAGACUGGGGCAUUGCUGGGGAGAGAUGGCCAAGCCGUGGACUUCUUCCCUCCUCUCUGGAGCCGCCGGCCUCCUCCUUCUCCUCCUCUCCAGCCUCCCGGCUUCGUGGCAAGGAGGUGUCCCAGGCGCCGGAGGCGGGAUUCCCGGAAGAGGUCUUUACCCUGGAAUCGGUGGUGGAGGUCUAGGAGCCGGCGGACUCGGGACCGGAUUGGGGGGAGCAGGAUACGGUGCAGGGGCCAAACCUCCAAAACCAGGGGUUGGAGGUGCCGGAUCACUAGGCGGACUUUAUCCGGGAGGCGCUUAUCCAGGAGGGGUCUUUCAAGGCGCUGGGACUCCUGCACAAGCCGCUGCAGCGUAUAAAGCUGCCGCCAAAGCAGCGGCUGGCCUUGGUGUUCCUGGAGGGGGCAUUGGAGGAGGAGUUGGCGUUCCCGGCGGUGGCGUUGGGGUUGGCGUUCCUGGAGGAGGAGUCGGCGUUCCUGGAGGCGGAGUUGGGGUUGGCGUUCCUGGAGGCGGCAUUGGGGUGCCUGGAGGAGGUGUGAUUCCACAGACUGGAGCCCAACCAGGAGCCGGUGUUGGGGCCAAACCUGGGAAAAUCCCUGGAGUUGGCAUCCCAGGUGUCGGGAUCCCGGGUGUCUUCCCUGGAGGUGUCCUCCCUGGGACAGGGAUCCGCUACCCCGGGGUAGGGGUCUUACCGGGGGUGCCAACAGGAAACGGGCUCAAGGCCAAAGUCCCAGGAGCAGGAGGAGGUGCUUUCGCUGGGAUCCCUGGUUUCGGGGGUUUUGGUGGUGGCCAGCAACCAGGAUUACCUCUGGGAUAUCCGAUCAAAGCCCCUAAACUCCCAGGUAGCUAUUAUGGAAAGCUAUCUUUCGGGGCUGGGCCUGGUGGAGUCUUCGGUGGGGCUGGAGGAAAGGCUGGCUACCCCACUGGCACAGGCGUUGGGGCGCAAGCGGCUGCUGCGAAAGCUGCAGCGAAAUACGGUGUCGGAGCGGGAAGACUUCCCGGAGCCGGGGCCCUUGGAGUGGGAGGUUUGCUGCCCGGCGCCGGCGGUGUGCCAGGAGCAAUCGGUGCUGGUGGUCCAGCCGCUGCCGCCGCUGCUGCGGCCAAAGCAGCGGCCAAAGCGAGAGCUUAUGGUGCUGGAGGCCUUCCUGGGGCUGGGGUCGGCGGAGUGGGGGUCCCUGGAGGUGUUGGGAUCCCGGGGGUCGGCGGACUUCCAGGAGUCGGACCUGGGGUCGGAGGAGUCCCUGGAGCAGGGGUUGGAGGCCUAAGUCCAGCCGCUGCAGCCGCCGCCGCCAAAGCAGCCAAAUAUGGUCUGGGUCCAGGCGGUGUUGGGGCCAUCCCAGGUGGCGUUGGUGUUGGUGGCAUUCCUGGUGUCGGCGGUGUUCCCGGAGUCGGUGUCGGUGGCGUUCCUGGUGCUGGCAUUGGAGGCGUUCCGGGUUUGCCAGCAGCUCCAGGCGCCGGGGCCUCGGCUGCAGCCGCAGCUAAGGCAGCCGCAAAAGCCGCAGCGUAUGGAAGAGGAGUCGCUCCUGGCUACGGAGGAAUCGGUGGCAUUGGAACCGGUGGCAUUGGAACUGGUGGCCUCGUGCCCGGCGGUGUCGGUGUCGGCGGUCUAACUCCGGGAACUCAAGCAGCCGCCGUUGCAGCAAAAGCAGCCGCCAAAGCAGCGAAAUACGGAGCCGGUGGAGCGAGGGGUCUCGUUCCUGGGGCAGGAGUCGGUGGUCUGGUGCCAGGCGUUGGCGGCGUUGGAGGUGUUGGAGGCAUUGGCGGCGUCGGUGGCGUUGGCGGCGGUCUCGUUCCAGGCGCUGGAGGAGCCGGGAGCAUCAGCGCAGCCGUGGCAGCUAAAGCGGCAGCAAAGGCAGCUAAAUAUGGUGCUGGAAGAGGUGGAGUCUUACCUGGAGGUGGAGUCCUACCUGGAGGUGGAGUCUUGCCAGGGGGCGGAGUCUUACCUGGAGGUGGAGUCCUACCUGGAGGCGGAGUCUUGCCUGGAGGUGGAGUCGUCCCUGGAGGCGGAGUCUUGCCUGGCGGAAUCCCUCAAAUCGGAGUACAGCCUGGAGCCAAGCCCCCUAAAUAUGGUGUGCCAGGAGCCGGACUGGGUGGACUUGGCGUUCCAGGUUUUGGUGGUCGAGGAGGUGGCUUGGUCCCAGGAGCCGGUGGUGCUGGUUAUGGUGGGCUGGGAGCUGGAGGCCUCUCUCCUGGGUUGACGUAUCCAGGGGCCGGCGGUAAACCACCCAAACCAGGUUAUGGUGGUGGACUUCCCGUUAAUGGACUGCUUCCUCAAGUUGGAACCGGCUACGGAGGCUUGAGUCCGGCAGCUAUGGCAGCUGCUAAAGCAGCAAAAUAUGGUGCCCUCGGCCGCAGACGGAAGUAGCCCCGAACUGACCGCCGAUCUUUCACCUCAUGAACUUUGGUGCUACUGCCUGGUCUCGAAUGUACCCCCCACCCACCCACCCACCCUCCUUCAGCCACGGAAGCCCUCUCCCUUGGCACCGUCCUUGCCUCUGCCCCACACAGCCGCCCAAAGACGGCCCGCCGAGCCCCUUUGCCCUGUCUUUGGUGCUACUUCGACCAUCUCCUUGGCGGAGGGGCGGGGGUCGCCCAAGCACUUUAGCUUCCCCUGGGGGUCCAUAGCCGCUCCUUUGCUCCCUGGGUUGCUUCACAGAGUCAUAGAACCUUAGGGUUGGAAGGGAGCCCUAAAGGCCAUCUAGUCCAACCCUCUUCUGCCAGGAAGGAAGACAUAAUAAAUCCACGAAACAAUAAUAGGAUCCCAGAGUUGGAAGGGACCCCAAAGACCAUCCAGCCCACCCCUCUUCUGCCAGGAAGGAAGACAUAAUAAAUGCAUGAAACAAUAAUAGGAUCCCAGAGUUGGAAGGGACCCCAAAUGCCAUCCAGUCCAACCCUCUUCUUCCAGGAAGGAAGAUAGAAUCAAUAGGAUCUGAGAGUUGGAAGGGAUCCCCAAAGACCAUCCAAUCCAACCCUCUUCUGCCAGGAAGGAAGACAUAAUAAAUCCACGAAACAAUAAUAGGAUCCCAGAGUUGGAAGGGACCCCAGAGGUCAUCCAGUCCAACCCUCUUCUUCCAGGAAGGAAGACUUAAUGAAUGCAUGAAUCAAUCGAUCAAUAAAUCAAUCAUAGGAUCCUAGAGUUGGAAGGGACCCCAAAGGCCAUCUAGUCCAACUCUCUUCUGCCAGGAAGGAAGACUUAAUGAAUGCACGAAUCAAUCGAUCAAUAAAUCAAUCAUAGGAUCCUAGAGUUGGAAGGGACCCCAAAGGCCAUCUAGUCCAACUCUCUUCUGCCAGGAAGGAAGACUUAAUGAAUGCAUGAAUCAAUCGAUCAAUAAAUCAAUCAUAGGAUCCUAGAGUUGGAAGGGACCCCAAAGGCCAUCUAGUCCAACUCUCUUCUGCCAGGAAGGAAGACUUAAUGAAUGCACGAAUCAAUCAAUCAAUCAAUCAAUCAAUAAUAGGAUCCCAGAGUUGGAAGGGACCCCAAAGGUCAACUAGUCUAACCCUCUUCUGCCAGGACGGAAGACUUAAUGAAUGAAUGCAUGAAUCCAAUCAAUCAAUCAAUCAAUCAUAGGAUUCUAGAGUUGGAAGGGACCCCAAAGGUCAUCCUGUCCAACCUUCUUCUGCUAGGAAGGAAAAUACAAUAAAUCCCUGAACCAGUUAUAGGAUCCUAGAGUUGGAAGGGAUCCCAAGGGUUAGGGUGACUUCCAGGCAGGAAGUCACAAUCCGAACCCUCCCGACAGAGGGCCGGUGUGGCAUCUCUUUUGCUACCAUGUGAACCAACGGCUCCAUUAUGUCCUGGUCUCCAGAGCGGCAAAAAACAAAGCUUGCCUCCUUCUUCGUCCAAGAAUCUAAACCUGGCUCUCCUGUCACUUUUUCUCGGCUAAACAUCCCCAUCUCCUUAAGAGGGAAUUAUAGUUUUCCAGACCUUUGACCAUUGUGGUGACCGCUCCGUCUUGUCCAUAUCCUGGAUGGAAGGCUGUUCCCGGUGAGGUCUGACCAAAGCAGAAUAGAGCGGGAUCCUGAUUUCUCCCAAUAGAAUCGCAUUGGCCUUUUUAGCUGCAGCAUGACACUGUUGGCUCAAAAGGCGUGCUAGUUUUAUUCCAGGUCAAGCGGUCUGACCAAAGCGGAAGAGAGUGGGACAAUGGCUUUCCUUCCCUUUGAUCUGGACACUAGACUCUUAUGGACGCGGCCUAGGAUUCGAGGCUGACGCUUCUGGACUUUUUCUUUCCCCGGCGGGAUUGACCUUAAUCCCGAGGCCGCAGCUGGCCUUUCUCUCCUUCCUCCCUUUCCUGGCUUCCAUAGGGCCAGAUUAGUCCCAAAACCCGUGUCACAACGGUCCAGAUCUGACCCCGUCCCAUCCGGGCGACCCGCCAAACCCGUCCUGUUUUUUUUAAUUUUCCCCAAACAAACCCCAAACGCCGAAUUUUCCCAAAACAAACAAAACAGAAAAAAACAAAAAACAAAAAAAUGGAAUGGAAUUUAAGUAAUAAUAAUAAUAAUAAAAAUUACCUGACUAAUAAAUAACUUUUUAAAGGAAA